AUAUUUAUUGUGUACUCCGGCAUGAGUUUUGAUGUCUUAAUACCAAGUUUUGUACGGCUAACCUGACCGAGUGAAUGCCUAGCUUAAAAUGUUAGCUCGUCCAACUCGACUAUGUCCGCCUUAAAUCCAUGUCCAAGCCAUAUUACAUAGAUAUGUUCUUUAUUUUAAAAAAAAGGUGCCAUAAAUUCAGGAAAGCGUGUGGAUUGAGAAAAAAAUAAGUCACGUUGGCUGUAUGGCUUUUCAGUACAACAGUAAUGUUAACGGCCCCCCCCCUUUUUUUUUUUGCUAGGUAAAUUUAUGCCGGCAUUUGCCUGCCUUGGUGCCUGGAGUUUCAUAAACUAGCUGUUAGCCACUCUGCUCCUUUUUUCGUUAGUCUCUAUUUUAUUCUGGUUGAGUCUGUUUAUUUAACAUGGUUUGAUUCGUUUUCAAUUCCAUUUGAGGGACAUAUUUUUGUAAACGGGAUGGUGUGACUUGUGGUCGACAGUCUUCUUACCCCGCUACUCUGAAUUAUUGGAACUGUAAGCAGGUGCUAAUAGUCCAGCUAGCUAUGCAGUUAACACUGAAUUGGGCGCGAGUGAUGAUUUGCACAAACCUUUCUUGACUCCUCCAUUACCGUUGCUAAUGCUAAAGGAAAAGUUGAAGAACAAGCGAGGCGACUUCAUGAACUGUUCUAGUUGUUGCUAAUGUAAAAGGUGCUCAGUAACUGUCUAACCUUGAUAAGAGUCCCAUGAAGUCAAAUUACUUUGCACCCAAGACACAUUAAUCGGUAAAGUUUAAUCAUUAUGUUUUGUGUAAGUGAUGUAAUGUAAGUUGAAUUAACUUUUGAAGCAGUUGGCACAUGUUUUACAUGUGACAGCAUUCCAGUACUAAAAGUGAAUGACUGAGGAAUUAUGUGUUGCAGGAACCAUGUUGAUUAAAACAAGACUUGGCGAACAACAAACAUUUGUCUGACUAACAGAGCCAUCUCUGAAGGAGUUUUUGAUUACAGCAUUUGCAAAAUUUGGCGUGCCAGUUAUAAGAGGGCGUGAAGGUUGUUGACAGUUCUGGGACUGAGCUGGAUGAGGAUGUUGUUAAGGAUCCCUUGGCUGGAGUCCUAACCAUCAAAUAUAAAACUGGUUUGUUACAUUUGUCAUUUAUGUUAGUAUUUAAUGAGCUUGCUAAUUCAUUGUGGUUAGUGUUUUUGUGUUUCAUCUGCUUCUCUUAUGAUCAAAAUUUGUCUCCUUGGUGGAAUUGCCUGAGGAAUCUCAGCCAAGCUCGUCUGAUUCUCAAGAGAUACUCAUUCUUUCAGAGAGUCCUUCUGCUAAACAAGCAGCAGCUAGACACAGAACCUGAACAAUUGGUGGAAUCCAUUCUCAACAACACACCUGGUGGAGAAAGGAUCAUGAAGGAAUUUAAUCGAAGCAAGUGCCUCACAGAUGAAACCAGAAGGAAAAUGGUUAACAUACUGGCAGCUGAUAUGACAGAGAAGAUUGGGAUCUCACCACGCAGAGAGGUUAAAGAAAUGUAUUCCAGAGGAAUCGUGAGCUUUUUUCCCUACCUCAUUGAUCCAUUCUCCAGGAAAGGUUAUGUAAGUAUCAUACAGCUGUGUUACUGUUAAAUGAUGCAUUGAAAACUUUUAAUUUCUAUCAGGUCAUUUAUUUAACUGAUGCAGUUGCUUUGCACAUGAGUUUCCUUAGGUUGCAGUUAUGAAAUUGCUGCUGAGAUUUUUUUUAUUUCACCUUUCAACAAUGUUUUAUAUAAACCUUCUAAAAAUGUAACAAAUGAGGCUACAAACACUUGAAACCCAUAAAUCUAGAUGUGUAUAUUGCCUGUAAAAAAAUGCGUGAAACUGAGACACAUUAAAGAGAACUUGGAGACAUUUUAGUAUAGACAUACCUAGGAGUUUUGCUAUUUGGAACAGUUUGGUGCCAUCUAGAAAAGUGGAUAUUCAUCACUAAACUUGUUUUUUUUUACUUGUCUAAAAUUGCUUCAUUUAAAUUUUUAAAAACUAAUUACCAUUCUUUUACCAUCCCUUAACUCUGAUUUUAAUAAAACAAAAGAAACUUCUGUGUUUGACUAACUGGAAAAUAUUAAUUUAAAGUUUUAUAUGUGAACACUUCUCAUUUUCACAAGUCUAAUCAAAAAAUCUACAUCAAAUACUUUAUGGCACUCAAUUGUGUCCUGCCACAGCUCUAAACUGUUUCUUUUGUAGAUCAGACCAAGACUAAUUACAAGCUCCAUAGUAAAUUAGUUUUCACCUUCAGGAUGCCAGCCUUCUGGCACCAACCGCAAUACUUCCUUGACCGGAUUGCAUCGCUGCCAUAGUAACAUGAUAUGCAGGUCUGUGUUGACAUGGGUGCACAAAUGGGUGUCGGUGAACAUGUGUGGUGUGUACAUGAUAGUGUAACUUCUGGGUGAAAUGUGACAAGUUAUAUUUUUAUAUUCUUAGAUGUCUGCUCUCAGCAGAUUUGCUUGUUGUGUCAGUCAAAAUCAUGUGAUCUGUCAUUUUAUUGACAUCUGCCUAUUUUUUGAUUCACUUGCUUGUAGUUGUAACUGUUUGGUUUGCAUAGAAAUUCUUCAUCAGCUUUUAGUUAUGAUUCUGACAUUUCUGUGGCUAUGUCUGCUUUUGCCAUCCUUUCGAUCCCCAAGGAGCAUUAUUACGAUGCUGCAAGUGGUAUCGGGUACUUAGCCUGGAGGAUAAAAACUAUUCAAAGAUCCACUGCUAGAGACAGACGAACAUCAUAUGGAGCAAAAUGCAAAGAAGCAUUGCGUGAACAUGGGCUUGGGGGACCAGCUGUCAGACAGGAGACCCAGUUUGUUCCAGAGACUGUCCUGAGUGAAGAAGAGUGUAAGGAAGCCAUAGCACUGAUUAAGCAUUCAGCCGAUGAGGACACAAUCAAGAAGGAGAUGAAGCUCACAUUUGACUUCCGGUGCAACACGGUCCUCCACCCCCAACAGCCAAGCAACAUACUCUCUGUGUUUCCACGUUUCAAAGAUGUCAAAGGCUUGGUGGAGCAGGAUUUUGUCCUGAUGUUUGGAGAAGACGUGUCUGGCAAGUUUCUGGAGCAACAGAUGACGUUCAAGAGAAAGAUCAUCCAACAAUGCAGAAAACUUCCAACCACCAGUGACCUUGAAGAACUUCUCCUGGCAGCUGACCCUCCUGAGGAUGCCACUGAAGUGGAUGAUGACAUGAGUUGGGAUAAUGACCUCUCAUCAAUUUUGCUGCUGCAACACCUCAUUCCCCCCUCUGCAUUGGGCCGAAAGAAACCUUGGAAGAUGUCUGGGAGAAGCAUCUUGUGGACUUCAAGAAGACAGAAACCAGCAUUCAAGAACAUCUUGAUGCCAUCAUGAGCACACAACCAUAUCUGCUGGCUGUGGGACAGAGGAAGAAAGUAGAUCACCAGUUCUUCAUCCUUGACAAAAAUGUCAUUGCUUGCAGGUCAACCUCUUCUCUUGGUGCUUUUGACGAACUGUUUAAGGCACAUUAUGUGUUUGCCGCAACAUACAACCCUGUGCUGUGCAACAUAUUCAUAUUCAUCCAAAUCACUGUGUACAAUAUAGAUGUAGGCAAAGUGAAGGAAAAUCCUUGUGUGGUAGAAAUUUGGGCUAGGUUGAUUCACUAGUACGUGAACAGAUUUGUUUGGCAUGAAAUGUUUUGUUUGUGAGGCAAAGUUAAGUUGCACAAAUGUACUUGUUCGGCAUAUACGAGUAGUUCAUGGUUACUUGGAUGGAAAAAAUCUUCGCCUUAAAUGUGCUCAGUCUGGAUGUGGCCGUGUGCUUGGAACCUUUUCUGGGUUUAGGAAACACUUAAACACCAAACACACUAACAAUACUGACCAACAAGUCAGCAAUGUCAAUUCAAGCAGAGCAGACCUUGGUAAUGCAGAAGAUCUGGCAACAGCUAAUGUAGAAGAGACAGCCACAACAUCUACACAGUUGAAGUCCAACAUCAGCAUUGUAGAUAUGUGUGCUACUGCUAUCGCACAACUCGGAGCAGCUGGAUUAAGCCAGUCUACUGUUAAGAGAUUUGUCUCAUCCAUGGAAGAAGUGAUUUUUGAGACUCACAGUCAGGCUAUGGAUGUAGCUUUACAGUGCUUGCCUUCAGAGGAUACACAAAACAAGACCAAAAUAGAACAAUCAUUCAGAACAUUGGAAAAUCCAUUUACACCUCUAAAUUCAGAAGCAAAGUUAAACAAACACUUGAGAGAGAAAUGGGGAUUGGUUGAACCUAUUGAAAAAGUGCUUGGCACAAGAUUUGACAGCAGAAAAAACAAAAGUACUGGGACAUAUGAUCAAGUCACUGAUAGGUUUGCAUAUAUACCCAUUUUGGAAACACUGAAGAGUAUUUUGCAAAAAAAAGAACUUCCAGAAAUGUUCAAGCUUGGGUAUAUUCCCAAAGAAGGUGUUUAUGCAGACUUGAGAGACGCCAUCCAUUUUAAAGAAAGUCCCCUAUUUUCUUUGCAAAAAGAUGCCCUUCAGAUUCAGCUGUUUUAUGACGACUUUGAAACUGCAAAUGUAUUGGGACCUAAAAAGGGGUUACAUAAAUUAGGUGCUAUCUAUUUCACUCUAAGAAAUUUCAGUCCAAUCUUUAAUUCGUCUUUGCUAAAUAUUCAUUUGUGUGCUCUAUUCCAUGCACAGGACAUCAAACGAUACAGUUUUAAUUUGAUACUUGAACCUCUUGUUAACGAUCUGAAAGUACUUGAGACAGAGGGACUUAAAAUUCCAACCUUUGAACCUGUGAUUUAUGGUACUGUGGUUCAGGUUACAGGUGACAAUCUUGGAUUGCAUGGUCUGUUUGGCUUUGUGGAGUCAUUUGGUGCUCGCUAUUGCUGUCGUUUUUGUCUCCUUGAAAAGCACAGUUUUCAAACUAUAUUCUCUGAAGAUGAACAUGCACAACACUGUCAAACUGUACAAGCAGAUCCUAGGCUUCCUCAUGUAUAUGGUGUGAAACGUGUUUGUCUAUUGAAUUCACUUCAGUAUUUCAACACGGCUAACAAUUUUUCUGUAGACAUGAUGCAUGAUAUUCUUAAAGGGGGUUGGUCAGUUUGAGGUAAAACUGAUUCUGAAGUACAUUCAUAGCAACUUCCUAAGUACUGAACAAGUUGCUGGUAGAAUACAUGCAUAUGACUAUGGUUUCAAUCAGCAGCGAAACCGCCCACCUUUGUCAACAGAUAAAAUGCUGGAUGGAAGUAAUGACUUGGGUUUAACAGCCAUGCAGUUUUGGUGCUUGUUACGCAAUAUGCCUCUGCUAUUUGGUGAUUUGAUUCAAACAGAUGAUAAACACUGGCAUCUCCUACUUUUGCUUCUACAUAUUGUUAGCAUUGUAUUUUCGCCAGUCUUGUCAGAAGGCAUGACAAUGUACCUCAAACAUUUAAUCAUUGAUCAUCAUCGGUUGUUUAAGCAAUUAUUUCCGAAAAUAAAUCUCUUGCCAAAGCAUCACUUCAUGAUACAUUACCCUCGUAGUAUAAGGCACAUUGGUCCAAUUUUGCAUACAUGAUGCAUGCGUUACGAAGCCAAACAUAGUUUCUUCAAGAAACAAUUAAAAAGCUUUAAAAACAUUACUAAAACAUUAGCGAAAAAGCAUCAAAGUUACAUGGCAAUGUAUCAUGAAUCAUUUGGCCAGGAAAGAUUCAGUGUAGGUCCAGGAAAGAUGGUGACACUUUGUGAGUUAAAAGAGGGAGAAGCGAUUGCUGCAAAGUUUGGAAUUGUUUCGACAACCAGUGUGUUUUCUGCCAAGUGGAUAAAAUACUAUGGUACAGAGUACCGUCCUGACUUUAUUAUAUGUACUGAGCAGUGACGUGCGGUGAGGUUCAUAGCUGGUGAGGCACUGAUGUCAUCAGAAUCAGAUUUGCAAAUAGAUGCAUAGAUUGACAGCAGUUUACAGGUUAUGUUUCACUUCUGCAUCCUUACACAUACAAACUGUAGCUCACAAAACACACAUUUCCUUAAAAAACAAAACAAAAUAAAUGUUAUUACUGUC